GGCACCGCCCUCGGCCCGCCCGCCUAGGAGGAGACGCUAGCGGAGGCUGAGCCUGCGGCGCGCGCCCGGGGACCCGUCGCACUCUGCACUCGGCCGCCGGGGCUGAGGGGACGGGACGGGUGCGGGCUCAGCGGGCCGGGAGCUGAGUCAAGGCCAGAGCCCGAGAAGCCAAGCGAGGCAGGAGGACAGUGCGCCGAGAUGGCGGCCUCGGGGGCCGCGGCGGGAGCGGCGGCGGCGACGGAGGAAGGGAUGGAGCCUCGGGCGCUGCAGUAUGAGCAGACCCUGAUGUAUGGCCGAUACACUCAGGAACUUGGGGCCUUUGCCAAAGAGGAAGCUGCUCGGAUUCGUCUGGGAGGGCCUGAGCCCUGGAAAGGGUCCCCUUCUGCCCGGACUCCCCCAGAGCUUCUGGAAUAUGGACAGAGCCGGUGUGCCAGAUGCCGCAUUUGUUCUGUACGCUGCCACAAGUUCCUAGUGUCCCGGGUUGGUGAAGACUGGAUCUUCCUGGUCCUGUUGGGGCUCCUCAUGGCAUUGGUCAGUUGGGCCAUGGACUAUGCCAUCGCUGUCUGUCUACAGGCUCAGCAGUGGAUGUCCCGGGGCUUAAACACCAACAUCUUACUCCAGUACCUGGCUUGGGUCACCUACCCUGUCGUCCUCAUCACUUUCUCUGCUGGAUUCACCCAGAUCCUGGCCCCGCAGGCUGUCGGGUCUGGCAUCCCUGAGAUGAAAACCAUCCUUCGGGGAGUGGUGCUAAAGGAAUACCUCACCCUCAAGACCUUUGUAGCUAAGGUCAUUGGGCUCACCUGUGCCCUGGGCAGUGGGAUGCCCCUUGGCAAAGAGGGACCCUUUGUGCACAUUGCCAGCAUGUGUGCUGCCCUGCUCAGCAAGUUCCUCUCCCUCUUUGGGGGUAUCUAUGAGAAUGAGUCCCGGAACACAGAGAUGCUGGCUGCCGCGUGCGCAGUAGGAGUGGGCUGCUGCUUUGCAGCCCCUAUCGGAGGGGUCCUAUUCAGCAUUGAGGUCACCUCCACCUUCUUCGCUGUUAGGAACUACUGGCGGGGCUUCUUCGCGGCCACCUUUAGUGCCUUCAUCUUUCGGGUCUUGGCAGUCUGGAACCGUGAUGAAGAAACCAUCACUGCUCUCUUCAAAACUCGGUUCCGACUCGACUUCCCCUUUGACCUCCAGGAGCUCCCGGCCUUUGCUGUCAUCGGUAUUGCUAGUGGCUUCGGGGGAGCCCUCUUUGUCUACCUGAACCGGAAGAUUGUCCAGGUGAUGCGGAAGCAAAAAACCAUCAACCGCUUCCUCAUGAGGAAACGGCUGCUCUUCCCGGCACUGGUGACUCUGCUCAUCUCCACUCUGACCUUUCCCCCUGGCUUUGGACAGUUCAUGGCUGGACAGCUCUCACAGAAAGAGACCCUCGUCACUCUAUUUGACAACCGGACAUGGGUCCGCCAGGGCCUGGUAGAGGAUCUAGAACUACCCAGCACUUCACAGGCCUGGAGCCCACCACGUGCCAAUGUUUUCCUCACUCUGGUCAUCUUCAUUCUCAUGAAGUUCUGGAUGUCUGCCCUGGCCACCACCAUCCCAGUGCCCUGUGGGGCCUUCAUGCCUGUCUUUGUCAUUGGAGCAGCAUUUGGGCGGCUGGUGGGUGAAAGCAUGGCCGCCUGGUUCCCAGAUGGGAUUCACACGGAUAGCAGUACCUACCGGAUUGUACCUGGAGGCUAUGCCGUGGUUGGGGCAGCUGCACUUGCAGGAGCAGUGACACACACAGUGUCCACGGCUGUGAUUGUCUUCGAGCUCACGGGCCAGAUCGCCCACAUUCUGCCUGUCAUGAUCGCCGUCAUCUUGGCUAAUGCUGUUGCCCAGAGCCUGCAGCCCUCCCUCUAUGACAGCAUCAUCCGCAUCAAGAAGCUGCCCUACCUGCCUGAGCUGGGCUGGGGCCGCCACCAGCAAUACCGGGUGCGGGUAGAAGACAUCAUGGUACGGGAUGUUCCCCAUGUAGCCCUCAACUGCACCUUCCGGGACCUGCGGCUGGCACUGCACAGGACGAAGGGCCGCAUGUUGGCUCUAGUAGAGUCCCCUGAGUCCAUGAUCCUGCUGGGCUCUAUCGAACGCUCACAGGUAGUAGCAUUACUGGGGGCCCAGCUGAGCUCAGCACGCCGGCGGCAGCACAUGCAAAAGCUAAGGCAAGCCCAGAUGUCUCCACCGUCAGAUCAGGAGAGCCCCCCUAGUUCUGAGACGUCCAUCCGCUUCCAGGUGAACACAGAGGGCACAGCCUUCUCAGGACCCCACGGGCAGACUCACAAGCCCCUGAAACCUGCCCUAAAGAGAGGGUCUAGCCAUACCACAAGCCUCCAGGAAGGUACCACAGGCAACACGGAGUCAGCAGGCAUUGCCCUCAGAAGCCUCUUCUGUGGCAGUCCACCUCAGGAGGCCUCUUCAGAAUUGGAAAAGUCGGAAUCCUGUGAAAAACGCAAGCCGAAGCGGGUCCGAAUCUCCCUGGCGAGUGACUCCGACCUGGAAGGCGAGAUGAGUCCUCAGGAGAUCUUAGAGUGGGAGGAACAGCAACUAGAUGAGCCUGUCAACUUCAGCGACUGCAAAAUUGACCCUGCGCCCUUCCAGCUAGUGGAGCGGACUUCUUUGCACAAGACCCAUACCAUCUUCUCCCUGCUGGGCGUGGACCACGCUUACGUCACCAGCAUUGGCAGACUCAUUGGAAUUGUGACCCUGAAGGAGCUCCGGAAGGCUAUUGAGGGCUCUGUCACAGCACAGGGUGUAAAAGUCAGGCCACCCCUUGCCAGUUUCCGGGACAGUGCCACCAGCAGCAGCGACACAGAGACCACUGAAGUGCAUGCACUCUGGGGACCGCUAUCCCGCCAUGGCCUCCCACGAGAGGGCAGCCCUUCUGACAGUGAUGACAAGUGCCAGUGACCCCUCACUGGAUGGCCUAUAUUCCUUCUGCAAGCAGCAGCAACCAGAAGCUGGAACCCAAGUCCACUCUAGCUGUGGGCUGCCAGCUCCUCCAUCUCCUGGCGGGCCUACCUGGAAUGUAACUCAACACCUACCUGCUAGAGGAUCAGCAAUGCCCUGGCAGGGUGAGGUGGGGUCCUGUGGCCCUUGCCCACUCUUUGAGAAAGGGGCAGAACUAAAAUGGGUUUAUACUGGAACCUCCAAUGACAAGAUGUAUAUAGAAAUUUACAAAGAUUUUUAUAUUAAUUUAAUAAAACAAUAAAUAGAAUAAAGUAAACACCUAAUUAGCCACUCAUGUAUAGAACACUUGUGCUGUUGGCUCAUGUUUUCCUCUUGGAUCCUCUUACCUGCCCAAGCCUGAGAGUUCAGUCCACAGCCACCUAUCAACCCCAGCGUCCCAGCAAUAUAGGAUCUGCCAGCGGCGCCCCCCCCCCCCCCCCCAUGCCUCAUCUGCAACACCCUGCCUGGAUCAGGCCCCUAACCCUGUGGCUACAACCUUCCAUUCAGCCAAGAAAAACCACUGCCCUCUUUCCCAACGAUAGCCACUCCCUCAUGACUGUCCAUUCAUUGGCACAGAUCUCCUGGCUACCCAGGUGGCCCCCUUGUGGCACUCCCAGCUCUAACAGCCAGACCCAUUCCUUUGUCCGGUUCCACCCUACUGAGAACUCUGUGCCCACAGGACCUUGCCAUGCUGGGAGAGGGCCAGGGCUGAGGGGAGGGAGGGGCCGAGGAGAGGGGGAGGACACACCCUUUCAUCAUUCCAGUG